AUCGGAUUCGUUGAUUAAUGGAAUUGUGGGUAAUGGGCCUCGGUUUCGCCGUCGCUUGGAGGGCCUGAAAAUUUCGGCUUUGAAAGGAAUUCAACAUGGAGGAAUUAGGAAUAACUGAAGGAGCGGCUGACGUUGCAUUAUCCAGACCCCAGUCAUCUGCAGCAGCAAGCUCAAGUUUCAGUCUUGAUGCAACUGUUAAUGAUCUUUACAUCAAGUACAAAAAGUUACAAAAGCAGCUAGAAUUCUUAGAAGUGCAAGAGGAAUACAUUAAAGAUGAGCAAAAGAACCUUAAAAAGGAGUACUUGCAUGCCCAAGAGGAAGUGAAGAGGAUUCAGUCUGUUCCUUUAGUUAUUGGACAGUUUCUUGAGGCUGUUGAUCAGAACACUGGAAUAGUUGGAUCAACAACUGGCUCAAACUACUAUGUCAGAAUACUGAGUACAAUUGAUAAAGAGUUGCUGAAACCAAAUGCCUCAGUUGCAUUACACAAGCAUUCAAAUGCAUUAGUUGAUGUUCUUCCUCCAGAGGCAGACAGCAGUAUUGCAAUGCUGUCAGCUGAAGAAAAACCAGAUGUCGGCUAUGCAGAUAUUGGAGGCAUGGAUAUACAAAAGCAAGAGAUAAGAGAAGCUGUUGAACUCCCACUUACCCACUUUGACUUGUACAGACAAAUUGGAAUAGACCCUCCAAGGGGUGUCUUAAUGUAUGGACCACCCGGAUGUGGCAAAACUAUGCUUGCAAAGGCAGUUGCACACCAUACCACAGCAUCAUUUAUUCGUGUUGUUGGUUCGGAGUUUGUUCAGAAGUAUUUAGGAGAAGGACCAAGGAUGGUCAGGGACGUUUUUCGAUUGGCCAAAGAAAACUCGCCAUCAAUUAUAUUCAUUGAUGAAAUCGAUGCCAUUGCCACUAAAAGAUUUGAUGCACAAACUGGGGCUGAUCGGGAGGUACAGAGAAUUCUUUUAGAACUUUUGAAUCAAAUGGAUGGUUUCGAUCAAACUGUUAAUGUUAAGGUGAUCAUGGCAACGAACAGAGCUGACACGUUGGAUCCCGCCUUACUUCGACCAGGAAGGCUCGAUAGAAAAAUUGAAUUUCCAAUGCCCGACAGAAGACAAAAACGCCUGAUAUUUUCAACAGUCACUUCUAAAAUGAAUUUAUCAGAUGAGGUUGAUCUAGAAGAUUAUGUUGCACGACCAGAUAAAAUAAGUGGUGCUGAUAUCAACGCCAUUUGCCAAGAGGCUGGUAUGCAAGCUGUUAGAGAGAACCGUUACAUCGUGCUAGCAAAGGACUUUGAAAAGGGCUACAAAAAUAACAUGAAAAAAGACGAACAAGAUCACGAGUUCUAUAAAUAACAGUAAAGCUAAGCGUUUAAAGGUUUCCAUUUUUGUUCUGUGCGUUGAAAUAUGGCCAUAUUUAAUCGAUGCAACGUAAUUUGCUCUUUUGUCAAUGAUUUCUUUGGAGAUUGAGCUUUA